AGCCACAAUGGAUACUGCUAGCCAUAGCCUUGUUCUUCUGCAGCAGCUGAACAUGCAGCGAGAAUUUGGUUUUCUGUGUGAUUGCACAGUAGCUAUUGGAGAUGUUUACUUCAAAGCCCACAGAGCGGUGCUUGCUGCUUUUUCUAACUAUUUCAAGAUGAUAUUUAUUCACCAAACAAGUGAAUGCAUAAAAAUACAACCAACUGACAUCCAGCCUGAUAUAUUCAGCUACUUGUUGCAUAUUAUGUACACAGGAAAAGGGCCAAAACAGAUUGUGGAUCAUAGUCGUUUGGAGGAAGGGAUCCGGUUUCUUCACGCUGACUACCUUUCUCACAUUGCAACUGCAGUGAAUCAAGUGUUCUCACCAGAGACUGUGCAGACCUCAAAUCUUUAUGGUAUUCAGAUUUCAACAACUCAGAAAACAGCCGUCAAACAAGGACUGGAGAUCAAAGAGAAGCCUCCCAGUAGCAGUGGGAACAGAGCUGCUGUCCAGGGGGACCACCCCCAGUUGCAGCUCUCGCUUGCAAUUGGGCUAGACGAUGGCAGUGCAGAGCAGCAGAGGGCCCAUCCUGCUGCCCAGGCCUUGGAGGAGCACCAGAAGCCCCCAGUGUCCAUCAAACAGGAGAGAUGUGAUCCAGAGUCUGUGAGCUCCCAAGGCCACUCCCCCACCUCAUCCGAGGUGACUGGCCCCUCUUUUACAGAAAACAGCCUCAAAGUUCAUUUCUGCCACUACUGUGGGGAGCGCUUUGAAUCCCGGAGUAACCUGAGACAGCACCUCCAUACCCAUGUAUCUGGGUCUCUCCCGUUUGCUGUCCCUGCCUCCAUUUUGGAAAGUAAUGACCUUGGUGAAGUGCAUCCACUUAGUGACAGCAGCGAGGCUCUUGAGUGCAGGAGGCUCAGCUCCUUCAUUGUCAAGGAGAAUGAGCAACAGCAGCCUCCGCCUGAGCACUCUAGCCGGGGGACCUCAGAGCCUUUGCAGAUCAGUCAGGUAUCCUUGAUCUCCAAAGACUCAGAGCCAGUAGAGUUGAACUGUAAUUUUUCUUUUUCAAGGAAAAGAAAGAUCAGUUGUACCGUCUGUGGUCAUAAAUUUCUUCGAAAGAGCCAGUUACUGGAACACAUGUACACACAUAAAGGUAAAGCGUACAGAUAUAACCGAUGCCAAAGGUUUGGAAACUCAUUGGCCCAGAGGUUUCAGCAGUAUUAUGACAGCUUGCCCGAGGUCCCCUUAAAAGGUUCUCGCUUGUCCCAGGAACGUUUAGACUUGCCUUGUGCCUUAGAGUCAGAGCUCACCCAAGGAGGUGUGGACACCAUCCUUGUCGAGUAGCACCUUCUCCCUGAGGAGUCUCACCGUCAUGGGUCACAUGCCACUCUUAAGUCCCAAAGUACUCACCUCCUCAUGGUUUUUUUUUUUUUAACUUAAAAUAAUCUGUCCCUGGUUUUGAGGUUGUACAUACCAGUUCUUAAUAUAAGACGUGACUGUUAAAUGUAAUGUUCAAAUUAUCCUAUGAGCUUUGUUAUAAAUUAAAUCAUCAUUUGAAAAUCAGAAGCUACUACAGAAGCUAUAACAUCUCUUGUUUUUCCAGGCUGCAGAAUCAGUAAAAUGAAUAUGAAGCAGAUGAGCUCUGUUUCAAAGAAUGUUUUAGAGACUGGAAAUGAAGCCCAUCUGUAGAGUGCUUGCCUAGCAUGUGUGAGGCCCUAGGUUCAGUCUCCAGCACACACACACGCUCACACACAUUUCUAAGCUGUCACUCUUGUCUUAAGAAUUACUUUCUUAUGAAAGUGAUUUUAAGUAUUUUCUGCCACAUGGG